AUGUCUGCCUGCGGCGGUGGACACCUUGCCGUAGCACAACUUCUCCUCGAUGCGGGUGCUUCUGUGGACGCAGCAGCCGAUGACGGCUUCACAGCUCUUAUGGAGGCCUGCACUGGUGGCCAUGUUGACCUCGUCGCGCUUCUCUUGGAGCACGGGGCCAGCAUCGCCCAUGCAACACCCAGUGGCCGCACGGCAGUGAUCAUGGCCAGCCUGUAUGGGCACACGGAAGUUGUUGGACAGCUCUUGUCCAAGGGUGCCGACCCAAAGCCGAACAAGUUCACGGCCCUGCACGCGGCCUCCGGAAACGGCCAGGCGGGCGUGGUGGAGCUUCUCCUGCGUGGCACCGAGUUGCUGGCGGAGUCCGAGGAGACGUCGGAGGCGCUGAUCUCGGCUUGCGCCAAUGGGCACGCGGGAGUGGCCCAGCUGCUGCUGGAAUUCGGAGUUUCUCCCUGUGUUUCGGCAUCGGAUGGUACCACUGCCCUCAUGAAGGCAUGCAUGGGAAGCCACAGAGAGGUGGCUGCCGAGCUCAUCCUUCGAGGGGCCAAUGUGGAGGAGGCCUUGAACUCGGCACGACGCCGCAAGAUGCCUGGCGUCACGCGUGUGCUGCAGCGAGCCGUGGAAGAGGCCCAAGCAAUGCGAGGGCCGCGGCCAGAACAGCGCGACCUCGAGAAGCUCGUGAGGAAGAUCGAGGGGCCACCAAAGGCGCUGAAGCGCUCCCGGCACCUCUCCACGGGCACGGCCUCGACCUCCACCGCCGUCGCCGAGCCCUCGGAGACUCAGACGACGGCCGCUGCAGAGCACCUGGACGCGUCACCGAGGAGGCAGCCCGAAAGCCCCUUUGGCACCUUGGAACUGGGAGAGACACGCUUUUCGCGUGCUUUUGCAGGAGAUGAUCACUGUGAUCAGGCUGCGACCAGUUGCUCAGAGAGGGAGGUGGCGUUGGAGGAUGACGUGGAAGAAGAAGUUGAGAACUUUCUGCAGCUUGGUGCGUCUGGUGGACUAUCGGGCAAGGAGCAGGAGAACAGGCCGAGUGACAGACCUUUCGUGCUACCCUGGAGAGAAGUGCUUGAGAGAACAGCAGCAAAGUUUCCAGAGCGCACGGACUCCCGUGUAGCCUCCGAGGGCCAGUCAGUGCGGCACAUGCUGGCAUACUGCCGCUGUGCCUUCUACACCAUCGAAGUACUGGGGGAGGUGGAGCCGUCAUCGCCAGUGUCUUGGGCUUCAGGUGCACUGUCCAGCAUUCACGAGAUGGCAAGCGAAACAUGUUGA